CCUUUCUCCCGCCCUCUCCCUUCCCCUCUCCUCCCUUCAACUUCUCGUCAGUUUCCACUGAUUCCCCUCGCGCUCCCAAGUCUGUCGCCAGCUCCUGUUCCUCUGGAAGCCAUGGCAGGACCUGGGGGUUGGAGGGACAAGGAGGUCACAGAUCUGGGCCACUUGCCGGAUCCAACUGGAAUAUUCUCACUAGAUAAAACCAUUGGCCUUGGUACUUAUGGAAGAAUCUACUUGGGCCUCCAUGAAAAGACUGGUGCCUUUACAGCUGUUAAAGUGAUGAAUGCUCGUAAGACUCCUUUACCUGAAAUAGGAAGGCGGGUGAGAGUGAAUAAAUAUCAAAAGUCUGUUGGAUGGAGAUACAGUGAUGAGGAAGAGGAUCUCAGGACUGAACUCAACCUUCUGAGGAAGUACUCUUUCCACAAAAACAUUGUGUCUUUCUAUGGUGCAUUUUUCAAACUGAGUCCCCCUGGCCACAGGCACCAACUUUGGAUGGUGAUGGAGUUAUGUGCAGCAGGCUCAGUCACUGAUGUAGUGAGGAUGACAAGAAAUCAGAGUUUAAAAGAAGAUUGGAUUGCUUAUAUCUGCAGAGAAAUCCUUCAGGGCUUAGCUCACCUUCAUGCACACCGAGUAAUUCACCGGGACAUCAAAGGUCAGAAUGUGCUACUGACUCAUAAUGCUGAAGUAAAACUGGUGGAUUUUGGAGUGAGUGCCCAGGUGAGCAGAACAAAUGGAAGACGAAAUAGCUUCAUUGGGACACCAUACUGGAUGGCACCUGAAGUGAUUAACUGUGAUGAGGACCCAAGACGCUCCUAUGAUUACAGAAGUGAUGUGUGGUCUGUUGGAAUCACUGCUAUUGAAAUGGCUGAAGGGGCUCCACCUCUGUGUAACCUUCAGCCCUUGGAAGCCCUCUUCGUUAUUUUACGGGAAUCUGCUCCCACUGUCAAAUCCAGUGGAUGGUCCCGCAAGUUCCACAAUUUCAUGGAAAAGUGCAUGAUAAAAAACUUCCUGUUUCGUCCUACUUCUGCAAACAUGCUUCACCACCCAUUUGUUCGGGAUAUAAAAAAUGAACGACAUGUUAUCGAGUCAUUAACAAAACAUCUUACUGGAAUCAUUAAAAAGAGACAGAAAAAAGGGAUACCUCUAGUCUUUGAAAGAGAAGAAGCUAUUAAGGAACAGUACACCAUGCGAAGAUUCAGAGGACCCUCUUGUACUCAUGAGCUUCUGAGAUUGCCAACCAGCAGCAGAUGCAGACCACUUAGAGUCCUGCAUGGAGAACCUUCUCAGCCAAGGUGGUUACCUGAUCGAGAGGAGCCACAGGUCCAGGCACUUCAGCAACUACAGGGAGCAGCCAGGGUGUUCAUGCCACAACAGGCUCAGGACAAUGCUCAUAGGCCUCUACAAGGCCAGGCUCAGGCACCUCAAAGACUACAUGGGGCAGCUCAGGUGUUCAUGCCACUACAGGCUCAGGUUAAGUCUAAGUCAUCUAGGCCUCUGCACUUGCAAAUCAAGGCACCUCCACGACUAAGGAGGGCAGCCCGGGUGCUCAUGCCACUACAGGCUCAGGGUAAAGUUCCUAGGCCUCUACAGGUUCACACUCCAGUACCCAAAGAGCAGCAGGCUCAGGCCCACAUCCAGAACCAGGCAUCAGAUCAGCCUCAAGACCUAGACCAGGUGCCAGAGGAAUUUCAUGGGCAAGAUCAUGUUCCUGAACAGCAGCAAAGGCAGGGCCAGGCCGCUGAACAACAGCAGAGGCAGAAUCAGGCCCCUGAACAGCAUCUGGAGCAAAACCAGGCACCUGAACAACCAGAGGUACAGGAACAGGCUGUUGAGCCUGCACAGGAUGAGACAGAGACAGAGGAACCUGAGUUAUUACGAGUACAUGCCCAGGUGUUCCUGCCUCUACUGUCACAGAACCACCAUGUGCUGUUGCCACUACAUUUGGAUACUCAGGUGCUCAUUCCAAUAGAAGGGCAAAAUGAAGGGUCAUCUCAGGCACAGGCCUGGGCACUAGAGACCUCACAGGCAGUUGACUCAGUUCAAGCACUGAUAGAAAGACUAUCAAGAGACUUGCUUCGAGCACCAAACUCACAUAACUCAAAGCCACUUGGUCUGCUGCAAACCCUGAUGGAAAACCUGUCAUCAAACAUGUUUUACUCUCAACCAGAGCAGGCACGGAAGAAAAAAUCAAAAGUUUCUAGUCUAAGGCAAGCUCUGGCAAAAAGACUGUCACCAAAGAGGUUUAGAAUAAAGUCAUCACGGAAACAUGAAGAAAUUGAACUCUCAGAUUUAGAAGCUUGCAGGCAAAGGCGCCAACGCAGAUGGGAGGACAUCUUCAAUCAGCACGAGGAGGAAUUGAGACAAGUUGAAAAUGACAAAGAAGAUGAAUCAUCAGACAAUGAUGAAGUAUUUCAUUCAAUUCAGGCAGAAGUCCAAAUAGAACCAUCACAGCAAUAUGAUCCAAACCCUAAAGGAGAUGAGGUCCAAGAGAUGCCUGCUUCUGUGCUUCAUAACCAGGAACGUACGCACCGUGUCAAGUUCACUUCAAGUGUUCCUCUGCCAUCACUUUUGGAAGAAGCUCAGAAGCCCAUUGACAUCAAUCAAAGGAGUUUGCAGAAUCUUCAGAUUUUCCCAGAAGCAUCAGAAUCAUCUUCUGAGGAGGAGAGUCCUGUGACUGGAAGGAGGUCCCAGUCAUCACCACCUUAUUCUACUAUUGAUCAGAAGCUGCUGAUUGAUGUCCAUGUUCCAGAUGGAUUUAAAGUAGGAAAAAUAUCACCCCCUGUGUACUUGACAAAUGAAUGGGUAGGCUAUAAUGCACUCUCUGAAAUCUUCCGGAAUGAUUGGUUAACUCCUGCACCUGUCAUUCAGCCACCUGAAGAGGAUGGUGAUUAUGUUGAACUCUAUGAUGCUGGUGCUGAUACUGAUGGCAAUGAUGAGGAUUCUAACGAUGUUUAUGAAGACACCUAUGACCAUGCCAAUGGCAAUGAUGACUUGGAUAACCAGAUUGAUCAGGCAAAUGGUGUCUGUGAAAACCAUGAUGAUGAUGACCACAAUGAUGAGUCUGGUGAUGGCAUAGAUGAUAAUCAUGAUGAUGCUCCUAAUUGGUCAAGGACAAGCUAUGGCAGAGAUGGAAGCUGCAAGCAAGAAGGUGGUGAUGGAAGUGAUGGAAAAGAAGGAACCAGCAGAGGCUAUGGCAACCAUAGAGCUAGGAAAAGCCAUGGAAGAAGUGCAACCAGUGGGGACAAUGCAGCCACUGGAGACCAGGAAGGACAUGGAACCAACAUAGGUAGUGGAAGAGGUAGCAGGGGUGAUGGAAGUAAAGGAGUCGGUGGAGCCAAUGAUGAUAACGGAGCAUUUGGACUUAGUGGAGAACAUUGUUCAGAGACAGAUGAUCUAGGAUUGGAGAGACCUGUAUUCCAGGACUUUGAACAUCAACAGGAGGAGCCAGAUGGUGGAAGUGAGUCCUCAAAUUCCAUUGCCUCAGUUAGUUCACCCUCAGCAUUUGAUGAAAAUGACAAUAAGGACAUAUCAGACUCAUCAAUACAAUUGGAUUUUCCUGCCAGCCACUCAUCUCCCUCCAAAGGUUCUGGGGGAGCGGCUGCUGAUGAUUUUGCCAGUGCCAUCUUAUAUGCUGGAUUCGUGGAAGUACCUGAGAAAUCACCUAAGCAACCCUCUGAAGUCAAUGUUAACCCACUCUAUGUCUCUCCUGCAUGUAAAAAACCACUAAUUCACAUGUAUGAAAAGGAAUUCACUUCUGAGAUUUUCUGUGGUUCUUUAUGGGGAGUCAAUUUGCUUCUGGGAACCCGAUCUAAUCUGUAUUUGAUGGACAGAAGUGGAAAGGCAGACAUUACUAAACUUAUAAAGCGACGACCAUUUCGCCAGAUUCAAGUUGUAGAGCCGCUCAACUUGCUGAUUACCAUCUCUGGCCGUAAGAACAGACUUCGGGUGUAUCAUUUGACUUGGUUGAGAAACAAGAUUUUGAAUAAUGAUCCAGAAAGUAAAAGAAGGCAAGAAGAAAUGCUGAAGACAGAGGAAGCUUGCAAAGCUAUUGAUAAGUUGACUGGUUGUGAACACUUCAGUGUCCUCCAACAUGAAGAAACAACAUACAUUGCAAUUGCUUUGAAAUCAUCAAUUCAUCUUUAUGCAUGGGCACCAAAGUCCUUUGACGAAAGCACUGCUAUUAAAGUAAUAUGCAUUGAUCAAUCAGCAGACUCCGAAGGAGACUACAUGUCCUAUGAAGCCUAUAUACGAAUACUGGCAAAAAUACAGGCAGCUGAUCCAGCAAACCGAUUUAAGAGACCAGAUGAGCUCCUUCAUUUGCUGAAGCUCAAGGUAUUUCCAACACUUGGUCAUAAGCCAGUGACAGUUGACCUGGCUAUUGGUGCUGAGAAAACACUAAAGAUUUUCUUCAGCUCAGCAGAUGGAUAUCACAUCAUUGAUGCAGAAUCUGAAGUUAUGUCUGAUGUCACCCUGCCAAAUAACCCCCUGGAAAUCAUUAUACCACAGAAUAUCAUCAUUUUACCUGAUUGCUUGGGAAUUGGCAUGAUGCUCACCUUCAACGCUGAAGCUCUUUCUGUGGAAGCAAAUGAACAACUCUUCAAGAAGAUCCUUGAAGUGUGGAAAGACAUACCAUCUUCUGUUGCUUUUGAGUGUACCCAACGAACCACAGGAUGGGGCCAAAAGGCCAUUGAAGUGCGCUCUAUGCAAUCAAGGGCUCUGGAAAGUGAGCUAAAACGCAGGUCAAUCAAGAAGCUGAGAUUUCUGUGUACCCGAGGUGACAAGCUGUUCUUUACCUCUACCCUGCGCAAUCACCACAGCCGUGUUUACUUCAUGACCCUUGGAAAACUUGAAGAGCUCCAAAGCAAUUACAGUGUUUAAAAGGUUCCAGUGAUUUAUUACAAUAUUCGUAAACAUCACAUAUAUACAAUUGCAUCUUCAGAUUUUAGAGAUUAAAAUGAGUAUUCAAUUUUAUUGUUAGAGAAAAAUUAAAUCAGAAACUUUUAAUGUAGCACAGAAUAGUUUUAAUGAGAAAUGUAGAUUUGCAUAUAAAAUUAACUAUAGCAAGCUCUAUGUUCUCCAGUGGUGUACGAUAUCUUUUGCACAAACUUUGUAACUUUUGUUACUGUGAAUUCAAACAAACUCUUAGGACACUUUGGACAGUAUCUGUAUUCAUAUUUACAACAUGGAGUAAAGAAACCUGUUAUGAAUUAUAUUACAAGCAGCAUUCAAAAGAACUGACCCUGAAAAGGUUUCUCAGAAAGAUAAAACAAACUACAUGUAAUUUUUCUUACCAUAUAAAGAAACAAUGGUUAGAUCAUGAAACAAAAAUUGUAGUGAAUAUUUUACAACACAGACUAAGGUUGAACAACCUGCAUGCCCAGAGAAAAUUAUAGUGAUAAAGAGGGGAAAUUCAUUGAUUUUCUCACAAUUUAAGCCCACAGUUAGAGACCAGUUAUGUUCUUUUCACUCAUGUUAAACUGGUUUUCUUCUUAACACGAAGAAAGAAAGCCUCAGAUGCUUAGUUUUUCUCACAAACCCCAAAGAUGUGCAAUAGCUAUUUUUACAUACCACCGAAUAAUACAAUUGCAAGCCUGAAUGCAGGACUGAACUCCAAUACACAUGUACUGUAGAAAGAGUUUUUGUUUUUGUUUUUUAAAUAUUUUAGGCGUCAAAUUCUAUCCCCAAGAUUGGUUGACUUUUUCAAAAUUAACUAACGAUGGUAGAACCAUCAGACUGCACCAAAUAUUUGCCCUAGCCCAGAUUAAACUAUUUCAAAAUUUCCCUUCAUUUAGUAAGCAGAAUAAAAACAAUAAAGUAUAACAAAAAUUUUAACUGCUAAUCCUUCAUAUUUUCAAAUUUCUAUUGCUGUGAAAUCAGAAAUUAAUUUGAAAUUAUUUCAGUGGUGAUUACAUAUGUAAUGACUUAAUGUUGUAGGUAAAGAAAUGACAAGACUUUUUAAAAAAUACAACCUUCAUCAUAUAUCUAAGUCUACAAAAUUAGAGUACUGAAUGUCAUGCUAGCCCAUCACCCACAUAUAGACGCCAUAAAUAGGUGAUGUUUGCUCACCUAUGGUAACUACUACCUGGUGAAAAGCAUAAUUUCUGCAUAUCCAUCCUCAGUAGCAUGGUUAGUUCUGGAGCAAUAGAGAAGCAACAGAACUACCACAAAGUAUACCUCAUUAAUAAUUCCUCUAGCUCUGUUCUAAAACCUGAAGAUAGUGCUAGUGGGAAAAUAAUUUUCAAACUACCUGGUUAACCAAAAUAAAAAGCAGCUGAUUGUGUGAUUUCAUCAUAGCACACUUUGGCAGCACUUUACUGCCAGAAAUGAAGAUUUGGAUUUUCCUAACAACUUUUAUCAAGAGUGUAGUAGCUCAAUGUUAAGAAUGUAGGAGAACCUAAAUCCACAAAUUAACUUAAUAAAUGUGAUUCACAUUUCUGUUACUGUGACACAAUAAUGUGAUCCUAAAACUGACUUAUCUUUGAGUGUUUACAACUCAAAUGACUUUUUAAAUGCAGUAGUUUUUUUAAAAAAACAACUUUUAUGUCAAAUUAUUUCCUUAGAAGUAGUCUUCCUUAUUUUAAAUUUGUACACCAAAAGGCCACGAGGGAACUUUGUGCAAGUACCUCAUCGCUGAGCAAAUGGAGCUUGCUAUGUUUGAAUUUCAGAAAUUUUUCUCAUUUAGGUAGUAUGUAGAAAAAAGUAUUUUAAGGAAUUCAUUUUUUCUUCAUAAUAUUUACUCAGUGUUAAGCUUAAUAAGUUUUAUCUUAAAAUCAUAUUUUAAGGCAGUAAUACAGUAAAAACUAUUUUAGGAAGUCAACUCCCAUUUAUAUUCUGUGGCAGUUAUUCCAGUACACAUACACAAUAAUUAAUGGCAUCUACAAAGUCACCCUGAAGUAUCCACACAAGAGAGAUUGUAAUGUGUAACUGAACUUUAAUGGAUAAAGUAUUACUGAAGAAAGGAAACUGGGCACAUAUCAAGAAGAGGAUUGAAAUGUUAGUUAGCCAAACAGAAAGGACUGAAAAUAUUUGAAGUGGUUCACAGGUAAUGACUAUUUCCAAUUUUGAUGUAAACUGAUAUGGAAUUUCCACAUCUUUUGCCAGCUGAAAGAAGAAAGUGAAGGGACAAUGAAAUUUCAUAGUCACUAUACUUUGUGACAGAAUAAAUUAUAUCUAUGCUUUACCUUUGUAGCAACAAUACCUAGAAACCCAGCCCAUCACAGAGAUAUGGAAGGCGACUUCUGUAAGCCAAUUUUCCUAGCCCUAUGGUUUGAAGCAUGAAAGUUCUGGCAGGUUGUGAGCAGCACUGGUGAUACAGUGUGGUUUUAUUUUAGUGUAAUUUACUUUUUUUCAUUAAAGCCUUGUUCAAAAUAAGAGGUAUAAUUGGAAAUAUUUGAAAACUAAAAAAUGUUGGAUGAAUAGAACUGAUAAGAAAACCUCUGAGUGGUUGAGUCAGUUGAAGUAAGGUAAGAUCCGCAGAAGAACAGAACAGAGAAAUAAUCAUUAGAUAUUAAAGCAAGCAAAGCAGAAUCGCACAUGCACUCACAGACAAACACACGCACACGCACACACAUUAGAAUGCAUAAUUUUAAUGUUUUCCAUACUACCAGUUUUGAGACAAAUUAAUGUGUUUUCUGCCAAAUUCAUUUACUUGAGACACUAUAAAACUAGGAAUAAUGCCACACACAUUCAAUGGGAUAUUUUAAGUACUCUUCAAUUUCUUUCAAUAAGUGUGACUAUUUAAAUCAAUUUGUAUUCAAUCUAUACUCUGAAAAUAUUGGAACAAUAUUUUGAGAAUGGUAAUUGCUUCAUCAGAAACUCUGUAAUGAAUCAUUGUUCAACUUCUAAAAAUAAAAUUAUC